UAAAGCUAAGGAAUAAAACAAAGACUCUCAUAUCAAAGCAGACACAGGUAGCUUGCUAUUCUCAAUCACCAUGAGGCUUCACUUCGCUAUCAUUUCCAUUGCUGCUUUGGCUCUAUGCACUUCUGCAGAUUACAUUUCGGUUAAUUUUAGUUAUAGUGGUCAAAAUGGACCUGCGAACUGGGGAAGAUUGAGUCCAUCUUAUGCAGCCUGCUCAAAUGGGAAAGCACAGAGUCCUGUGGAACUUAUCAAAACUGAUAUUUUCAUGAACAAGGAGUUGAAGAAUAUUGCAACAAAUUAUCUCCUUGCCAAUGCCACGUUGGUUAACAACGAAUUUAAUAUUGGGGUUCACUUCGAAGGGAAAGUAGGAGACAUUAACAUAAAUGGAAAAAACUACUCCUUGAAACAACUGCACUGGCAUUCGCCAUCAGAGCACAAGGCAAAUGGUCGUAUACAUGACGCAGAGCUCCAUCUAGUCCACUUGACCGAAGAUAUAAAGAACAUAGCAGUUGUGGCAGUGCUUUACAGAUUAGGUGAUCCAGAUCCUCUGAUAUCCCAGUUUGAAGAGAAGUUGGUUGAGUUAGGUAAUAAGAAGGAAAUUGCAAUUGGGAGCUUUGAUUUAGAAGAAAUAAAUAGAAGCAGCAGAAGAAGGUAUUAUAGAUAUGUUGGCUCUCUCACCACUCCACCAUGCAAAGAGGGUGUCAUUUGGACCAUUCUUGGAAAGUUGAGGACACUAUCCACCCAACAACUCAACCUCCUCAAGGCACCAUUGAACCCACAGUUUAAACACAAUGCAAGGCCUCUUCAGCAGAUUAAUGGACGUAAAAUAGAGAUGUAUUACCACCCUAAAACAACCACCAUGGGACUC